UGCAAACCCUAGAUUGCAGAAACCUCCACUCCUAGAAACCAUGGCAAAGCCUGAUAUCCACACGGCAGAAACGAACGAAGAGAAACCAGCAACCCAAGCGGAAGAAGAAGAACAGAACACCCCAACCCCAAAAAAGCACAAGAAAACGGAGAAGAAGAACAGGGAGGAGGAAGAAAUCCACGUGAAGAUCGAAACCCUAGGCGAGAACCCUAACAAGGUCUCGCCUUUCGUCGGAUACUUCCCCUCCGGCUACGUUCCUCUCAAGAACCAAGCCGAUGGACCCACUGUUAGGGUUUUCAGGCACGAGAAGUGGACCAAACGGUUGCAGCUCGUUGUGAGCCCUAAUAACGGGUCUCAAGUCGAUUUCGUCGGUACUAACUAUUCGGGUGAGGCCACUGCGCCACAGCUGUGUACUUAUGCUCUUGGUGUUCUUGAUAAGCAGUUGCAAACGCUCAAGAUUGUUCCCAUUGCUUCCAACAAGAUUUUUAGAUUGGAACCAAGGGUCAGAGGACUCGAUUUAUCUGUCAAGGAACCUUCCCAGGAAGAACUCACUCCAGAGAAGAAGCACGUGAAAAUGAGAGAUACCACACUCAUUUUUGGAACGAAGAAGGAUAGAAAACGGAUGAUGAAAUUUGAGGCUUUACAUCCAAAAGAAGAUCCGGAAGCUUUGGGCAGAAAAUUUGAGGGAGUCAAGAUAAACAAAGAGGCCCUUGAAAGUGCUGUCAUGCACAGUUCUCGUAAUGCUCCACCUCAUGAUUCUUGUGCUACCACACCACAGAUGGCUUAUCCGUUGGACAAGAUUAUUUUCAAGGGAGAGUGGGAUUACCUCGUUGACAUUCUCGAGCUUUUGCAAGAUGGAGCAGAGGUAGCACCUGAUGGUUACCCAAGCUUUAUUUGCAACAGACUUCAUAGGUUGGAAUCUAUAAAGGAUGGGGUGGAAAAGAAGAGGCUUGCCUGUGUGUUCUCAUACAUCAACCAUCUCAUAAAGUUCAAGGAUAAACAUUCACGGGAAGGUUUCUCCUCCGCGAAGCAUCAUAAAAUCCCAAGCAUCUUAUCUCAAAAGUUUUCAACCAUGUUUGGCGGUUUAGAUAGGGAAUGGCUUGCGGAUGAGGAGAUGGAUCUUCUGAUCAGAUAUGUCUUGGUUCUUACUCUGAUUGCUGAUGGCUUCACGACGGCCGUGUCAGAUAUUGCCAAGGACUUGAGAAUGCACAAGAAUACAGUGAGAGAACAUUUUGAACAACUUGGUUGCAAGCUUAUGAGCGAGAACAAGGUGUGGUUGGCUACACUUUCCCUCCCACUUGAGUUUCCAAAGCCCAAGUAUAAGCGGAAAAAAAAGUAGAUUGAUGCGUUAUUGGACUUCUGUUGCUAAAUGAUUUAUAGUUUAGAAAUCUGGUUGGUAUUUUUCCUUUACAGUUUGUGAAACCUGUGUAUUUGGGGAGAAAUUUUGCCCUUUCUGACAUUUGAUAAGGUGCUGGUUUCUUAUGUUUCCGAAAUUUCUGUUGAACCCUCU